AUGUUGCGCUUUGGAAUUGUAUUUUUCGGCGACCUAGACAAUGAGUUCUUCAUAGGUUUUGACAAAUUGUACAUGAUACUUGCAUCGGAACAACACGAACUUCUAGUCAUUUUGGAGGACUAUAUAGAAGAUAAUAGAUACCAGCUAUUCGAUAACUUUACAAUCAGUUCCGAGGCUACCAACUACAGUUUGCAAUCAGUGGGAUCAUCCUAUGGGGACGCCGGAGAUUUACUUUAUUAUCACCUGGUUAUGCAGUUCAGUACUAAGGACCGCAAGAACGACCUCGGUGGAUUUGCGAACUGUGCUCAAUAUUUUAUGGGAGCUUGGUGGUACCGUCAUUGCCAUACGAGGUAUGGUAGUGAUAAUUGCAUACACCCGAAUCGAAACUAA